AAUCAUCUUCAAUCUCCUCUCUCUCUGAAACUUCAUUGCAUUUCAAGAACCUUCAAAGUUCAAACACAGGAAGCAAGAAGGAGAUUCACAAGUGCUUUCAGGCUUAAAACUUGCCACUUUUUCUAAGAGGAAAUAACCAUGGCAGGAAAAGAAGAUCUGGGACUGAGUUUGAGUUUGAGUUUUCCUGGAAAUAUAAAGUCAGCUGCACAGCAGACGAUGAAGACGCCAUUAACGCACCUCAGUGUGUUUCCUUCUUCCCAUCCUUUCACUCUCUUCCACAAAUCUCCCUGGCCAGAAUCGUUUCCUUCCUCAGAUCGGAACGAUGAAGCAUGCAGAGCGCUAUUGAAAGGAAUCGAUGUGAACAGAGCGCCGGCGGCGACCGAUGCCGACGAGGACGCCGGAGUGUCUUCGCCUAACAGCACGCUGUCGAGCGUGAGCGGAAACAAGAGGAGCGAGAUGGAGGCCAUGAUGACGAACCCGGAAGAGAACGAUGGCGAGAGAGCGUGCUCACGUGGCGCCAGCGACGAGGAGGACGGAGAAACUUCUCGAAAGAAGCUACGGCUGAGCAAAGACCAGUCAGCCAUUCUUGAAGACAGCUUCAAGGAACAUAACACCCUUAAUCCCAAGCAAAAGCUAGCAUUGGCCAAGAGGCUGGGACUGAAGCCUAGGCAGGUGGAGGUCUGGUUUCAGAACCGAAGGGCAAGGACAAAACUGAAGCAAACGGAAGUUGACUGCGAAUUCUUGAAGAGAUGCUGCGAGAACCUGACGGAUGAGAACCGGAGAUUGCAGAAGGAAGUUCAAGAACUGCGGGCGCUCAAGCUUUCCCCGCAGUUCUACAUGCAAAUGACGCCGCCGACCACCCUCACCAUGUGCCCGUCGUGCGAGCGCGUCGCCGCAGCGCCAACUGCCGCGAUGACGCCAGCCCAGCAAUCCCGGCAGAUGCCGUUUAAUCUGUGGGCGCCUAACCGGCCGUUUGAAUCCGCCGGAAAAGUCUGACCUUUGCACUACCCCAGGGGUGAUCCAGUCAUUUUGCCCGUUCUUAAUUUUUUUAGAUACAGAAAAGAAGGGAAAACAGGGUGUUACCCAAGAUGUAAUCGUAGUAACAGCUUACAAUAGUUUUACGGAGUAUUUUUUUGCAAUUAAUGUAUG